AUGUCGUAUGAACGUGUGAAUUACGAUCCUACUUUCAAACCGGUUCAAGGUAUUUAUGAGAAUAGAUUGAGACAAUUCAUUAACAAUGGCGGUGAUUACAAGGACUUGAAUCUACCUAAAUUCUAUGAUUAUAAAAGAAUCUCCCUGGACAGGAAUCAUGUGAAGGUUUAUUGGUAUCAAGUUCCGUUUGAAAAGAACUCUUCCCCUGUUUCUCCAGAUAAGAGACCUCCUUGGUCAGAAGUGAUUGGUAAUGAUAAGGCUGGUAAGAUAUAUUGGCAGGAAGCCUCGAUAAAUCAGCCCUUUGGUCCAAGUUGGUCAACUACUUGGUUUAAAGUCGAGUUGCACAUUCCAAAGGAUUGGAUGCUGAACGAAAAUGAUCAGUUAGUUUUUGAUUGGGAUUGUUCCAAUGAAGGUGUUGUCAUUGACCCAAACACUUUGAAUCCAAAGACUGCUUUUUCAGGUGGAGAUAGAACUGAAUAUUUGUUGCCUAAGGCUGAUGAUGGCAAGUACUUCUUCUACGUCGAAACCGGUAAUAACGGUAUGUUUGGGUGUGGUGAAGGCUCCGAUAUCAAUCCUCCAAAUGACAAUAGAUACUUCCACUUGAAAAAAGCUGAUAUUGUUCUACCAGAUUGGGAAGCAAGGGCACUAUAUAUAGAUUUUUGGAUGGUUUCUGAUGCUGCAAGGGAAUUGCCUGGUGACUCUUGGCAAAAACAUCAAGCAAGAACUAUUUGUAACAAGGUCAUGGAUAUUUUUGAUCCUAAAGACAGAUCAAGCGUUAAAAGAUGCCGUAAUUUAUUAAAAAAUGAAUAUUUUGAUAAAUAUGUCGAUUCUGCUGACGUCUAUAGGCAUGGUAACGAAGAUAUUUUAACAGAUGUAUACGGUAUGGGUAAUUGUCAUAUUGAUACAGCGUGGCUAUGGCCUUUUGCUGAAACAAGAAGAAAGAUUGUAAGAUCUUGGUCUUCCCAAUGUACCUUGAUGGAAGAAUAUCCUGAAUAUCAAUUUGUUGCCUCUCAAGCACAACAAUUCAAAUGGUUGUUAGAAGACCAUCCACGUUUCUUUAAAGAGUGCUUGAUUCCAAAAUUCCAACAAAACCAAUUUUUCCCAAUUGGUGGUUCUUGGGUCGAAAAUGAUACCAAUAUGCCAGGUAGUGAGGCAUUGGCAAGACAAUUUUUCUUUGGCCAAAGAUUCUUUUUGAAACACUUUGGUUCUAAAUCAACAGUAUUUUGGCUGCCAGACACAUUUGGUUACUCAUCUCAAGUUCCACAAUUGUGUCAAUUAUCAGGGAUUGACAAAUUUUUAACUCAGAAAUUAUCUUGGAAUAAUAUUAACAGCUUUCCCCAUUCCACAUUCAAUUGGGCUGGUCUAGAUGGUACUCAAUUAUUAACCCACAUGCCACCUGGUAAUACCUACACAGCAGAUUCGCAUUUUGGCGAUGUGUUAAGAACUGCUAAACAAAAUAAAACUUCUGAAUAUUAUGGUUCUGGCUUAAUGUUGUAUGGUAAAGGUGAUGGUGGUGGUGGUCCAACAAGGGAAAUGUUAGAAAAGAUGAGACGUAUUAGAUCUAUGAGUAAUCGGAACGGUAACGUUGUGCCAAAACUAGAAGUUGGUAAAACUAUUGAAGAAUUUUAUGACGAUAUUUUAGCUAGAACUGACAAUGGUAAAGAUCUGCCAACUUGGAGUGGUGAAUUAUAUUUUGAAUUCCACAGAGGUACAUACACUAGUCAAGCCAAUACUAAACGUUUAAUGAGGUUUUCUGAAAUUAAAAUCCAUGAUCUUGAGUGGAUUGCAACCAAAACAUCUAUGCUAUUUCCUGAUCAAUACAUAUAUCCUGCAAAAGAAAUUAACGAUUUAUGGGAAAAUAUUUUAUUGUGUCAGUUUCAUGAUGUUUUACCAGGUUCUUGUAUUGAAAUUGUCUACAAACAUGAAGCUCUUCCAAUGUUGCAAGCCGUCAUAGAAAAAUGUGCUGAUUUGAUUAUUGAAGCACUAAAGGUAUUAAAAAAUAACAGUAAAUCGCAAAAUAUUAAACCUAUUAAGACAUUAGUUUGGUCAGAUAGUGACUCCGCUUUUGUUUCCUCUGUUGAAGAAUCGGCUGUCAAAGUCACUGAAGCUUCCGAAUAUAUUACUUUAAGUAACGAAAAAUUAAAGGUAAUGAUUUCUAAACAGUCAGGAUCCAUUACUAGUAUUAUUGAUUUAGAUACUGAGGUUGAAUAUUUGGAUUUGAAAAAUGGCAGGAAUAAACACGGUGCCAAUCAAUUUGUUAUUUUUGACGAUAAGCCGUUAUCAUGGCAGGCAUGGGAUACAGAGUUAUACUCGGUUAAUCAAUAUACCUACUUGAAUAAAGCAGAAACCGUUGUUAUUUCUGAAAAUUCGAAAGAUAAAGCUAGUGUUAAAGUCAUAAUUCCGGUUGAGGAAGGCUGUAAAAUCAUCACUACUAUAUCUUUAUCCGCCACUUUAAACUCCAAUAAAGACGAUUCAUUCAUUGACAUUCACACCCAUGUUGAUAACUGGAACGCUAGAAAUAAGUUCUUAAAAGUCGAAUUUCCAGUUAAGGUUCGCAGUGAUUUUGCUUCUUAUGAAACUCAAUUUGGUAUCACAAGAAGACCAACCCAUUAUAAUACAUCUUGGGAUGUCGCUAAAUUCGAAGUCUGCUCUCAUAAGUUUGCUGAUUAUUCUGAAUACAAUAAGGGUGUUUCUAUUUUCAAUGACUCUAAGUUUGGUUUUUCAACACAUGGUAACUUAAUGAGAUUAUCAAUAUUACGUUCCCCUAAAGCACCAGAUGCGCAUGCUGAUAUGGGUUCGCAUGAUAUUAGGUACGCUAUUUAUCCGCAUGCUGGUGCUUUAAGUAGCACGACAGUUAGACUAGCCCACGAAUUCAAUUAUAUCCAUAGGUAUGAAGUUCCAGCCACAAUCUACGACUCUUUUGAUCAAGUCAUAAAAAUAACUGGUGACAGUAAUGUAGUUUUGUCUAAUAUCAAGAGAGGUGAAGACGAUGUGGAUAUUAACUCGAACUAUGCUAUUGGUCAACACGAAAAAAGAAGUAUGAUUGUUAGGGUUUAUGAAUCUCUAGGAGGUGAUUCCUCAGUUGUUUUAAAGACUUCGUUACCUAUUAAAAAGGUUGUUAAAGUUGAUAACUUGGAAAACGAAAUAGAAGUAGUUACCUUUACUUCAAACUCUAAGACUUCUACCGCCGAAAUACCAAUUAAUUUAAAUGCCUUUGAAGUUGCAUCAUAUAAGUUAUGUGUAUAA